GUAGAUUUUUUUUUUCGCGGUUAAAUAACCCUCGAAAGUCCAGUGUUGGGAAGUCCAGUAAAGAGAAGAGGUCUCUCUCUCUAAAGGCUAUUUGUUUAUUUUUCCCGGCCGUGGACUUUCUCUCUCUAGAAUCCUCGGUGACUCGGACUGAGUUUCAACAAUUUCACUGAGUCGUUUCUUUGACCGAUUCCUCUUCAAUGGAAGUCGUUCAACAAACUCAGUCGCUCUCGAGCUUCGAGCUCCAGUCAAAGUCUUCUCCAUUCCCGUACUCACUCGGGGACUUGAGCAUUUCGUCCUCGGACUCUCGUUCUCGAGGCUUUCUCAGCCCCAGAAUGUCUGGCUCCGAGUCUCCUUCGACUGUCGAUCAGGAAGUUACUUCCAAUUGCACCGAGGUUCCGGCUGUCGACGGCGGAGAUGUCGUCGUCGCUGAAAAUUCGACUGAGCGUGACGCGCCAGCAACUGCUGCGGUGAAGCUUCAGAAGGUGUAUAGGGGUUAUCGCACACGGCGUAGGUUAGCGGACACUGCCGUUGUGGCGGAAGAGCUCUGGUGGCAAGCUUUGGACUAUGUUAGACUGAAUCACAGUACGAUUUCGUUCUUCAAUUUCGCAAAACCUGAAACCGCGACUGAAAGGUGGAAUCGUGUUAGCUUAAAUGCUUCCAAGGUGGGAAAGGGUUUGUCUAAAGACGCCAAAGCACAAAAACUGGCUUUUCAACAUUGGAUUGAAGCUAUUGAUCCAAGGCAUCGGUAUGGUCAUAGCUUGCAUCUGUACUACAAAGAGUGGUGUAAAACCGAUGCUGGUCAGCCAUUCUUUUACUGGUUGGACAUAGGAGAUGGUAAAGAGAUUGACCUCGAAAAAUGUCCAAGAUCAAAGCUUAGGCAACAAUGCAUCAAAUAUCUUGGACCUCAAGAGAGAGAACAUUACGAAUACGUGGUUGUGGAGGGAAAGAUUAUUCGCAAACAAACUGGAGAGCUCCUUGAUACAAAAAACGGACAGGAAGGGGCCAAGUGGAUAUUUGUUAUGAGCACCUCUAAGCAACUGUAUGCUGGCGAGAAAAAGAAAGGGGUAUUUCAUCAUUCUAGCUUCUUGGCUGGUGGAGCUACAUUAGCUGCAGGGAGACUAGAGGCAGAGCUUGGGACGCUGAAGUCCAUCUCUGCAUAUAGUGGCCAUUAUCGGCCAACAGAUGAUCGUUUGGACACCUUUCUGUCAUUUCUCAAGGAAAAUGGAGUGAACCUUAAUGAAGUCCAGAUACGCAAGGCAAAUGAAGAUUCUGAUACCUAUGAUGAGAGCAAGGUCAGUACAGCUGGGACUGUGCUCAAUAGUUUAACAGCCUCUGAAACUGCCGAGGUUGAAACUCCACAAGAACCGCCAAAUACCUCAUCCCCUGAAUCUGCCAAACCUCCCCAGAUUGAAACGAAAGGCAAUUACAAGAGGACAUUAUCUGGUGGUCUUCAGAGUCCAAGAGCUGAUGUUCCAAAAGCCAAAUUACUGGAAAGAAUUAAUUCCAAGAAGGCAGCAAAAUCUUAUCAGUUAGGAAAUCAGCUCUCACUAAAGUGGUCAACCGGAGCUGGCCCAAGGAUUGGUUGUGUUGCAGACUACCCUGUAGAAGUGAGAGUACAAGCCCUGGAAUUUGUAAACCUGUCUCCCAGAACUCCCCCAACACCAUCAGCAUGUAGGCGAGCAGCCGGUCUUGUAUCGCUCACAUCUUUUUCUUCGCCAAAGGAUCUGAAUGUUGAAGAUGGAAACUCUCUUUAUUAGACUUCAAGACUUGAGGUCAAUUUUGUUGCAUCUUUCUCCAUAAAUGCUUGAAAGAAUGUACAUAUCUCUAGCUAUAUCCCUUUUAUGUCAUCUCAACUGUAAUAGAAUGGCGAUAGCAUUUUCUUGUUCUUCGACUGCUUGUUAGUUGUUAUAGACUUGUAGUUGAGCAAAAUGAAGAAAGAAGAUUAGAGUGCUAAGUUAGCUAUUGAUGUCGUUUUUUCAGCCAUUGAUCUUAGCUUUAGUGUUGUUUUUCAAUAAAUAAUAUAUAUGAUGGAGCCAGUAGUAGGGGCUACAAAUUAAAAUUAAA